UUCUGUCGCAAUCGCAGCUCGAGAGCGCUCAUCUCGCUCCGCUCGCUGCCCGUCGGACUAUCCGAGAAUCUCGAAAUUUUCCCGCCAAAAAUUUUCGCGCGUUUUAUUUUCUUUUUAUUCAUUUAUUUUUAACGAUUCGUUCGUGUAUUUGCAAUGCAGUGAUCGAUUUUAUUUUGUGAUGCGUUGUUACAUUGCGUUUAUUUUGUUCUUUGUGUUUUUGCCAAAAUCAACUAAGGCGAUUCGAUGGUUAGCUUUGCAUGAGAGCGAAGGCAACUGGACGGAGAAUGAUUGCUUGGAGGCUCGUCGCGCGGGCUGGCUGUGGGGCGGGCAGGCGCGCGCGUGCCGGCGCCAGCCCUCGGCCAUGCCGCACGUGGCGGGAGCUGCGCGCCUCGCUCGGGCUGCCUGUCUCUCCGCGCACCAGGGCGAACGCUGGAACUGCUCAUCAAUUGAACUUGCUCCCAGAUUUUCUCCUGACCUCCUUACAGGUACUCGGGAGCAAGCUUACGUGUACGCAAUGUCUGCGGCGGCGCUGACAUGGUCGGUGGCUCGCGCGUGCGCGGCCGGCUCGUUGCCGGCGUGCUCGUGCGCUGCGCCUCCGCGUGCGCCGCCUCGUCCUCCGCGACAGGCACAGAUCACACCCGCCGAGCCUCACGCCAGGUUCAAAUGGGGUGGAUGUGGAGAUAAUUUUCAAUGGGCUGAAAGGUUCGCGAAGCAAUUUCUAGAUGCUCAUGAAAUAGACGUCCGAGAAGGCAAGGUGGAUAAUAUCCUGGAAAUAGAGACAACUACGACAGAGAUACCUACCACUACUACCACUACUACAACAACUAUAGAACCAACCACGAUACCACCCGUAGUCAUCUUAGUGGACGACCAGCCCUCGCCAGCUAAUACCAGUACACCUCCAAAGAUCAAGAAGAAAGGACGUCGCGGCCGAAAGCGUCUACCACGAUCCCCGCGACGAGGGCGGCCUACACGGAAAAGGUUCAGAUCUAGACCGAGGUAUGACUAUGACGACAGAGGCUCCAGGUACCGCAAUAUCGAAUAUCGUAUGGCGGCUGACGACCCGAGGUUUGACCCUCAAGUGGAUUUGCGAACACGACUCGAACGACUGCGAGAGCUAAUUGCAUCUGCUAACCUGAUGAAUGGACGAUUUGGAAGAAAGGCGGUGUCUGCCGGAAUGCGCACGAAGUGCACGUGCCACGGCGUGUCGGGCUCGUGCUCGGUGCGCACGUGCUGGCGCGCGCUGCCGGCGCUGGCGCGCGUGGCGGCGGCGCUGGCGGGCGAGGCGGCGCGCGCCGCCCGCUGCGACGGCCCGCUGCGCCCGCACGCCCGCCACGCGCGCCGCGCCCGCCCGCGCCUUCGCUAUGUCACGCCCAGCCCCGACUACUGCGAGCCCGACCCCGCCGCUGGCUCGCUCGGCACGCACGGCAGGAAAUGUAACGCGAGUCUAGGCAGCGCAGCAGGCGGAUGCGGACGGCUGUGCUGCGGUCGUGGACGGCGCGCGGUGCGGUCGAGCCGGUUGGAGCGCUGCCACUGCCGGUACCAUUGGUGCUGCCGCGUGGACUGCCAGCUUUGUCGUCUCACCACCGAGGAACACUACUGCAACUGAUCUACUUAGGCACCUGAAUUAUCUUUACCAAACUUAAUUUAAAAAGCAUACCAAAUUAGCUGUAUGAGGAUAUCCCCAAAUUACAGCUAAUCAAAGAAAACUACCUGUAGACAUUAGGUAGAUACCACUCUUUCCACAAGUUAACGAAACCUGCUUGACAUUACGAUUUUUUUUAAUCUGAUAAAAAUGUAAAAUCAAAAUAAUUUUGUAUGAGGAGAAGCAUUUCGAACUCAGACUCUGGAGGGCAAAUUUUGAUUUACCAAACAUUUGUUAACAUUUCUUAACAAAUAAUAUGUUAUAGGCCUUCGGAUGUCAUGGUGACCGCCUUACCAUGUUUAGACAAUAGCAUUUUUUGACGGUGAUUAAUUUUAAGCCAACAAGUAUAUUUUGAACCAAAGAGAUACAGUAUAAUAUUUGACUAGUCAUUUUACCUUUCUAAGCAAUUAAUAUUAAAUAGUUCCGAUUAACUCUUGUAAUGCUUGUUAACUUGUAAUCUAUGAAACUACUGAAUUGCUUAAAAGUUUUAGUGAAAAUAAUAAAUUGAGACGCUGGAAUAAGAAUACUCACCGACCAACUGUAAACUACAUUUGAAGUUUAGUUAAUUAAUUGAGAUUCCAUGGUACUGAGGUACCCAUUCCAAUGACACAUCCUGCAAACUGUGUUUGCUUUUUACGUUAUUGUUUGGAACAUUUCGAAAAGCGUUAUCAGUACUUUUCUGUACGUACUUAGAACUCUUGACAUUUCUAAAUGGUUUUAUUUAUUCGUUAAGACUGUCUGUUAUUUUGUAACAUAUCGGAAGUUAUAAUUCCAGUGUAUUACGUAAGUUAGUAUGUACUUUCAAAUAUUUCGACAAUAAAUUGUAUUGAGUAAAAAAUAAUAAAGUGUUUGUCCACCGCUGUAUAUACAGCUAUUAAUAAUAUUGGUGUUUCUGUUUAGUGCUAACUGCUAAUGCACAUACAUCUAUCUCUAUUCUGUCACGAAGAUUUGUAUCUUUUUAAUGAAAGACAUAACUUAUCCUACGGUAGGUAAAUGUACUAAGUAUUUUAUUCCUAGUGUCAUUUAUUCGCAUUGGUGUACAUAUUGUAGUAUUUAUUAAACUCUUCCCUACUUACUUGUAGAUUUAGACAUUUUUCUGUCAAAUUAACUUUAAUGAUUCGUAGUUUUAGUCGUAUUCGAUAUCUAUAGACGUUUCAUGUCAAAUGAUAAUUUUAUUACUUAGCUGUUUAAGAUCUCUUGUAUAUAAAAGUCGUACUUAGAAUAGAACAUAAAACGUUGUUUCAUUUACAAAUCAAAUAAACUUUUCGCUACUUCUAUAACUCGUAUAAAACAUUAAGGGGUAUAGGUACUUAUAAACGAACCUAAGCCCCGAUUUGUCCAAAUUUAGGGAGACUAAACCUGGGCCAAAAUUAAUAAAAAAAUAAAUGUGAAGUAAAUCAGUGUUCGAAUCAAAACACCAAGAGAACAGAAGAGAGGUAACAAUGAAAGUAAGUUAUAAAUGUGACAUAGGUUUAUUUACAAUACUAUUGUUUUUUAGCAAUGCAUUAUGUUAAUCACCAAUUAAAUAUACUGAGCAACAUGAAUUAAAGGAACAUGGACUAAUGUCUUAUAAGUUUAUAACCAAUCAAAAGACUGUAAAAUCAAUUCACUAACAUGUGAGAUCUCGAGACUUCUAAUUUAUGUACCUUACAUAAUUAUACAGACGACUGUUUUAUCACUAAAAUUAUAUAGAAUUUCGGAAUUUGUUACUGGAAAUAUAAAAAUAAACUUUCGCUACAAUAGGUAUUCAGUUAAACAGGAAGAUAAUCCUUUCACUUAUCAACUAAAAAUCACAUCAUUUUUACUUAUUUGAUAACUGGUGGUAGCGAUGCUUACACAAGCGACGUUGCCGACAUCAUGCAGAUAUCACCGUCUCGGCACAAUUAUAACAGAAAACAAGUACUAGUUGUGAGGAGAAUUUGAUGCUUUAUUAUACAUUUUGAAAUAUGGCAUCGUAAAUUGGCAGAAGUGUGUUUAUAAUUAAAUCAUGGAUAAAUAACGUCAACAAAUUCAGACAAAUAAUUUCAUACUUAAUGUAUUGCCGAAAGUACGGAUUACAUAGAGUAACAAAUAUGUUACAUAAAACCUUAUAAUUUACAAUAAUUGUGUGAAAAUAAAGACUUAUAUAGAACAAACUUGAUAAUAAGAGUUGUUCAGCCGUAACUAAUGCUGAACUGAGCGGAUACUGUGAGCAUUUCCUAUUAACACAUUCACCCGAACUCGACA